AUGGAAAACAUGAUGUAUGCGAAAGACGGUGACACGUGGAAGUUCACUAAUGGACAAAUCGCCGGUGUCACCUUCACCGUCGUCGCCGCAUCGUUCUCUUUCUUCUUAUACCGAAUGUAUAAAAAACAACAACGCGCUCGUGCCGGAAUUGUCGCAGAGCAGCAACGAGAUGACGAUCGACAAGCGGAUAAUGAUCGAGUGAGACAACAAAAUCAGCCAGAGGACAUCCAAAUGCAAGUGAUGAAUCAAAAUGAAAUCUAA